AUGGCUCCUUCUCAUUUGCCGUCAGGACAGCAGAGGAGCCUGGACUGUGUGGAGGGAGUGAAGACUGAGAACGACCACAUCAACCUGAAGGUGGCCGGGCAGGAUGGCUCUGUGGUGCAGUUCAAGAUCAAGAGGCACACACCGCUGAGCAAACUGAUGAAGGCCUACUGUGAGAGACAGGGCUUGUCAAUGAGACAGAUUAGAUUCAGGUUUGAUGGGCAGCCGAUUAACGAAACAGAUACUCCAGCACAGCUGGAGAUGGAGGAUGAGGACACUAUUGACGUGUUUCAGCAGCAGACAGGAGGCGCACAGGAGACCAGCCUGGCAGGGUGUGGCCUCUAGAGCCUGUCCCCAGCCCGUGCCAUCCGUCCUUGCAUUGCUGUUGAAUAGUGAGCACAUGACCAUGCCAUCAACAAAGGAGUCUGCGGACACUUGAGGACAUUCACCAAAAUAAUUUCCUCUUUGACGUACUUCGAGUGCAACUCAAACUAUGUGCAGGGAUGAAUCUACAACUUAAAUUGGGCCAAUAAGAAUUGUUAUCUUUGUUCAGGUAAAAUGAGUUGCGAGGUUUUUUGGGUUUGUUUUCAUUUUUGUUUUCCCACCUCCUAUAACAUUUUUUACCCCAAACUUGUGGCCUGAAUGUUUGCUUUUAGUCUGUGGACAGGGAUCUUCCUCCCAGUGUUGACUGUCCCCCCUCUGCUUACUCCAGUCCUAUAGAGAACUUGCCUUCCCCGCCUGGGGCUUUGUAUGUUGGAUAGGUGUUGGGGACAUGAUGGAGAUGGAAGGCAGAACGUCAGUUGCUAUUUGUUGUAGGCACAGGUUAUUAAAAUGCUAAGUAUUGCAAAUGUAAGCUUCGCUAGCAUGGUAAAGUUGAAGGGAAAAUACUAGAAUGCUUACAAGGUAUAGACUAACUGAGCCCUUUGGUAAUAUGGCCCAAGUGCUCUGUGGUCCUUGAGUUUGUGUCCAUCGGGGGCUGAAGCCCAGGACUCCCCCACUGUUCCCUGCUCAAUACCUGGCAUUGGUAUAGGGGCAAGGAAUGGCACUUCCAAAAUUGGAUUUUUUUUUUCUAAACAUAGAAGAAAGUAAGUACCAUAUUUCUUAAUUGGUAAUGGUGUUGUGGCCUCAGAUUUCUUCUAUUUGCUUUUGAGAAUAAUUAUGGUCUAUACAUAAAAAGUAAGAUUAAGUAUUAUAAAUUUGCAGUUGCGUUGUUGUGUAAAAGAGCUACUUCACAGUGUGGUUACAAAUGAACCCACAGAAAGAUGACUUCAUGCUCUUCUUGGGGUUUGUGCUGUGCUGCUUCCAAAUAUGUAUCGAAUCUACACAUUCGUAUGGUGAUUUCAGUUCUGUGAAAUAUUCUGGGAUCUAUACCAAUUAAAGAUUUUCGUAGUUCUGCCUGUUGUCCUUCCAUAAGGAUCCACUGCUGCUUGAUGGCCAUUCUCUGCCUUUUUUAUAGUUGCCCGAACGCUGACCCAUCCUCUCUUGCUUGCUUGAAAUCUUGCUGAAAAUGUUCUUGUUUCCUUUGUUUUGCUGUAUGGGCUCGGGUGGGGUGUUUGCUGGCUCUGUUGUGAUUAUUCACCAAUUUGUACAUUAUUUGUUGUCCUUUACUACUGUAAACAGUAAAUAUAGUUUGGUAUUCUGUC